UGCAGCUCGGGAGCGCGCAGGAGGACACACAGGUGGUUCAGUCUCUUAUGUCCCAGACACGAAGGACAAACAUUCACCAGAGUGUCAACGUGCUGGACAGACAGGUGAUAAAACGCGUCUGUGUUCCUGGAUCUGUUCCCUCUCGCUCACAUGGCUUCUCUGGAUCAAUCUGGGAGGUUAACAGCUGUUUUUCUGCUCGUUUCACUCAGCGUCUCUUUUCAAGGUGCACACUGCCAACUGGUGGUUGCUCCUGUGGGCCCCACCUUGGUGAACGCAAGAGCCGGCAGCAAUGUGACUCUGGCUGUCCUCUUCGGGGGGGCCCCUGACCCAGUGGUCACCUGGUCUAAAGGAGCCUUGCCUGUCCUCACGUGGACCAUUGGCUCCAGUGCUGCAGCAGACGUCGCCGAAGGAUUCAAGGAUGUGCUGGAGAUCGGGACGGAUGGAUCUCUUACCUUCGUGAAUGUGCUGCUCGACCACGCCGGCAACUACACCAUGGAGCUGACCAAGUCUGGGCUGAGUCAAGCUGAUACCGCUUUCACUCUGAAAGUGUUUGAAAACUUCCAGAACGUGGAGCUGACCGUGCAGCCUGAGUUACUCAAAGAGGGAAUCGACCCCUUCCUCCUGCAGUACAGCGUGUUGAGAGGAGAGGUGGAGCAGCAGAAGUGGUUGUUCAACGGCACGGAGAUAAAGACCAGCUCACACUACACGGUGAAGGACCGGAGCCUGGAGAUCCUCAACCCGAACCGGAACGACACAGGCCGGUACACGGUGGUGCUGACGAACCCCCUGAGCCGCGUGGAAGCUCACCGGGACAUCACCGUGCUGUAUGGACCAGACGAGCCCAGACUCGAGGCCCGUCCAGCGAAGCCCUUCUACAUCCCCGGUGACUCUCUGAGCCUCGUCUGCCAGGCGGGUGGAUCCCCACGGCCCACCGCUGCGUGGGUCUUUGGUGAUCUGACCUUUCCCGACUCCCAAGAUGGAGUCCUGAAUCGAACAAAUGUACAGAUCAGCCAAGGAGGUGUUUAUACCUGCAAGUUGACCAAUCAGCAGACGAAGGAACAGCGGCAGAAGAGCAUGACUUUAAAUGUUUAUGAGAAGCCGUCGGGCGACCCGAUCUGUUCUGUUCAGUCGGUGAAUGUGACCGCUGCCCUGCUGUAUCACUGUCAGUGGCCGGGGGGAACGCCACUGGCUCAGCUCUCUUUCCCAGAACUGAGCAGCAACAGCAGUGGAGCUGGAAACUUCAGCCUGACCGUCACCGCCUUGGCCAACUUAAACUUCAAAACUGUCACAUGCAUGGCUGCCCACCCAGUUGAGCAGAAUAAGUGCAAUAUUACCGCAAGUCGUCCGGUGGAGUUCCUCCCAGCCGUGAGAAUGUCAGUCGACUCUCUGGGCAAAAUAGUGGUGUCUCUGCAGUGUGUGAGCGACGCCUCGCCUCAGGCUGUGGUGUCCUGGUCCAAAGGCAGCGAGGCCGUCGCCAACGGGGCGACGCACGAGAUCAGCAGUGACACCACACAGCUCCAGAUCCGAGGCUACAAUGUCAGUGACUUUGUCCAGCAGAAAUACAGCUGCACGAGCCGCAACCCCCUGGGCAGCCAGAGGAGGGAAAUACAGUUGCAAGGACCGUCCAUCUCAGCUUUCAGUUUGUUCCCGAAUCCCGAAGGAACCGUCGUCACGUUGACCUGGGAGGUCCCGCCCACCUCCGUCGUCACAGGCUUCGACAUACAAGUGAAAGGGCCGAGCCUCCCGGGCGAAAAGCGUAAUGGCACCGAAUCGAGAGGCGCCUCAGACGGAUAUCGAACCAUCCAGCAGAAACCUGGCUCGGCUCGGAGCACCGACGUCUUGGCCCUGGAUCCAAACCUGUCGUACCGGUUUCGAGUCAUCCCCCGAGCUCGUACGACGGAGGGGCAGCCCUCUGAGGUCCGCCGACUCGGCCCAGAUGAAGGGCUGAGUGGUCCUGCCAUCGCUGGGAUCGCAGCCGGAAUCCCCUGCAGCCUUCUCUUCCUGGUCCUGAUGGGCGGCUUCAUCUACCUGUGCGUCAACUGCAACAAGGACAAAAGUCGGCCGGCGAGGUACCCGGUGUCCAGAGCCGUCGAGAAGGUCAUAACAACCCAGUCAGAGAUGACUCCUCAUCACCUGCUGGCAGGAGGACUGAAGUCUCCCCCUGAUUACAACAAACUACAGCAGGCGCCCUCUGAGCGAUCGGUGGCUCUCCCCACGUUCGUCCCCCCCCCGCCCGUCAGAGUCGCCACAAUUGUCUGAACGUAGCGUAUGUGUUGAUGCGUUUAUUAAUUCUGUACAGCAUUCUUUAUUUUAAAUUUUUUAAUCAUAAGAAUUUAUAUAUUUGUAUCGUUCCUUUAACUGAUUUAAAUUUCCAUUUCUUAAACAAUAUGUAAUGUAUUAUUGAUGUAAGUUUUUAAGUUAUGUCUGUAUCUGUUUAGCUUAUUAAGGACAACUUGUCUCCGUCCUAUUUACCACAACUCAACAUGUUAUCAGGAUAUAAUUCAAAACACAACUUAACUCAUGUCCCAGGUCACUGAAUAUGUUUUAUCAGCAAAAUGUCCUCUUUUUUUAAAUUAUAUAUUUUUUUUAUUGAACUGCAUGUGAAAUCAAUGUUACUUCACAUUAUAUACUCUGUUUAAACCCUCAAAUAAAUCCUAAUUUAUUCAGUUUCA